UUCCUCCUUCCUCAGAGAUUGACCAUAGGUGGCGUGGGUUUAUUUCUGGGCCUUCUGUCUUAUUCUGUUGAUAUAUAUGUCUUGUUUUGGGAGGCAUAAAAUUUUAGGUACUGGAAGUAGGGCAGUGAAAACAGUCUGAUCUCAUGGAAAUUAUACUUGAAAACAGUCUGAUCUCAUGGAAAUUAUACUUGAAAACAGUCUGAUCUCAUGGAAAUUAUACUUGAAAACAGUCUGAUCUCAUGGAAAUUAUACUUGAGUAGUGGGAGGCAAAUACUAUACAAAUAUGUCGGGUAGUGAUAAAAGGAAGAAAAAUAACGUAGGGGAGAGGCAUGGCGGCGCGCGCCGGUGUGUGUGUGUGUGUGUGUGUGUGCACUGUUUACAUAGGGUUAAGGAAAAACCACUUUGAGUGCCAUGUGAGCAGAGUCAGCCUUAUGGAUAUGGCUAACUAUAAUCUUCCAUGCUUUCUUAAUUUUCUUCCCUCCACUGAGAAUGCAAUACUUGCAUCAUCAAACCGCCACCACAAGAAAGGGUUUUGUAUUUCAGAAACAGAUCUGGAGCCGCAAACCUCCAAGAGGAGUAAGAAAACGUUGGUAGUAGAUCCAAAUGUAUUUGAAGGAGAACCCAGAGCUUCCCCGACGUGGCCCCUCCUGCUUUAGGUUCUCCCCAGCCCGGAGGCCCGCGCCGUCCUUCAGUCAAAGCUGCUGGUAGGAGAGCUUGGGGCUCCUCGAGGUCACCGUCCUGGACUGCUGCGUCCGCUCUGAAACCCUGGCCGACCUCGGAGACCGAGAACACCGCGCCCCUCACGGGACUGCACUUCCCAGAGAGCCCCACUCCCCUUUAGGCUUGAGCAAAGACUGGGGCGGGGAGGUGGGGGUGGCGGACUGCAAAGGCUAUAAAUAAGUCUCCCACUGUGGAAGAGCACGGCCGCCUCAGCCUUCGACCCACUCUGGAGAGGAAGGAGCCGGAGGCGGAAGGAAGAGUCCGCGCCAAAGCAUCCCUUCCGGCGGAGCGGGCGCUCCAAUCGUAGCUGGGCCAUGGGACGUCUUUGCCCACCAGGCCAGCCUCGGCUUCCCCUUUUCGCCCUUCACGGGCAAAAGAAACACCGAAACGCGAAAAGCCCAGAGGGCAGAAGACAGAGCGAGUCUAGAUGCAAACCCCAGCCUGGGAACGUGGUCGUUGCGCACGGAGUCGCUGCCUUCUGAUUGGUCACCCCGGGGAUUCUCCGCAUUCAUUGGUCACCUGUCAGACAGAAGGCCGGUAUAAUUGGCGAACAGCCUUCUGGAGACUGUAGUUCGUAUUGCUUGCCUCAAUGCAAGCGCCUUGUCGUUUCCCGGCGAGCCACGCGCGAACUUCCGGCGCCGAAAGCUAGCGGCGGAACCGGGAACGCCUGGGCGGGUGUGGGCGGUGUGUGUCCUGGGGGCGGGACCCGAGACGCGGGCCGCGGGGCGCCGAGGUCUACAGCGACUCUGGGUAGCUGGGGCCAGCGUCCGGAGGCCGAGGCGAAGGGGGCGUGCACCAUUGGGAAGUGGGGUGGCGGAACCUGGGGCGCCGCGCUCGCUGCCUGCCCCGCCGCUUCUCAUCUCCGCACUGGCAGGGCUGCCUGGACUGAGCGCGGGGGUCCGGCCGGGUCCGCGCUCCCGCUUGCUGCGUCCGGCCGAGCGACCCUGGAAUGCGUGUCCAGAUGCCACCCCAGCUGCCUCUGGGGAUCCCUCUGGGAGACUGAAGGGCAGGCGCCCCAGGUUGAGGCGGCCAGUAGAAUGGCAACCCCCCCAGAGCCUCAAGACCAGGCCCCUGGGGAGGGAGAAGGGCUUCUGAUUGUGAAGGUGGAAGAUUCCUCCUGGGAGCAGGACUCUGGCCAGCAAGAGGACAGCAGGGAUUUGGAGGCCUGCCGCCAGCGCUUCCGGCAGUUCUGCUAUGGGGAUGCCGGUGGGCCCCACGAGGCCUUCAGCCAGCUCUGGGAGCUCUGCUGCCGCUGGCUGCGGCCCGAGCUACGUACUAAGGAGCAGAUCCUGGAGCUGCUGGUGCUGGAGCAGUUCCUGAGUGUGCUGCCUGUGGGCAUCCAGGAUUGGGUAUGCGAACAGCACCCGGGGAGUGGUGAGGAAGCCGUUGCCUUGGUGGAGGACCUGCAGAAGCAGCCCGUGAAAGCCUGGCCACAGGAUGUGCCCUCAGAGGAGGCAGAACACGAGGCUGCAGUCCAGGGAUCCCGGGCCAAGGCGCCUUCCCAGAAGGCAGGGGCACAGAGCCGGCCACCUUUGCCCUGGGAGCUGCACGGCCGCGGUGCCCAGCAACCUGCUCUUAAAGAGGCGAGGCCCAGAGAGACGACGGACACCCACUUUUCCUCUGGGGGACCGGUGACUUUUGGAGACAUUCCCUUCUAUUUCUCCCGGGAGGAGUGGGGGUCCCUCGACCCUUCUCAGAGGGAUCUCUUCUGGGACAUAAAGAGGGAGAACUCCCGGAACGUUGCCCCGGGUUUGGGGUUCAAGAGCCCCAGCGAGAGACCCCAGCUGGAGGAGGUGGUGACCGCGAUCCCGGGCCAGGCCGUUCGCGACCUGGCUGUGUCCUGGAGGCCGGAGGCGGCGGAAGCCUGGGAGCGGGAGGCCUGGCCAGGGGCGCCCCGGGGGCGGGCGGCGGGGGCGCGGCGGGGGCGGCCGCCCACGCGCCGGCGGCAGUUUCGGGACCUGGUGGCGGAGAAGCCGCACAGCUGCGGCCAGUGCGGCAAGCGCUUCCGCUGGGGCUCCGACCUGGCGCGCCACCAGCGCACGCACACGGGCGAGAAGCCGCACAAGUGCCAGGAGUGCGACAAGAGCUUCCGCAGCUCCUCGGACCUGGUGCGCCACCAGGGCGUGCACACGGGCCAGAAGCCCUUCUCCUGCUCCGAGUGCGGCAAGAGCUUCAGCCGCAGCGCCUACCUGGCCGACCACCAGCGCAUCCACACGGGCGAGAAGCCCUUCGGCUGCAGUGACUGCGGCAAGAGCUUCUCGCUGCGCUCCUACCUGCUGGACCACCGGCGGGUGCACACGGGCGAGCGGCCCUUCGGCUGCGGCGAGUGUGACAAGAGCUUCAAGCAGCGCGCCCACCUCAUCGCCCACCAGAGCCUGCACGCCAAGAUGGCCCAGCCGGUGGGGUGAGGCCGGAGGGGCGGCCGAGCUGGGGCCGCACCGGGCAGAGUCCUCCAUCCUGGCCGCGCAGACAGGACUGCAGAGCCCCCCACUGCCCGGAACCCACCUCCCCGGGGGCCCAGCCGACGCCUCCAGGCAUGGAAUCCCCUGUGACCUCCUGGCCAUGCCCCCUGCUCCAGGUCUUUCUUGCCUCCCUCUGGUUUCCUGGAGCCCUGGUCCAUUUGGCUGGUGCUCUUAGAGCAGACGGUAGGUGGCUGGGGCACACGAGAGCUCAGCCUUGCUGGACCCUGUGGGGUCGGGCUUUCCAUCCUGCCAUGCUGUGCCUUCCCUCGGUGGUGGAGGCUAAGCCUCAGGGUGCUGCUGGGCUCUGCGAGGAUCUGGGUCCUGGGCCCCACCACAGGGGCCACCGGGUCCCCACCGCUUCCCAUUUCCAGGCGCUGGCCGCUGGGUGCCAUCUGCCUCCGCUCUCAGCCAGCUGGUCCCCUGGGAGUUCCUGAGCAUCACCCUGCCAGGCUGGGGAGGGUUGGGGGGGCGCUCCAGGAAUAGAAGGCCAACGGUGCAGACCAAGAACAAGGCCGCAGGGGGCCCCCCCACCCCGCUGCUCCCCCCUCUGCAGGAGGCAUGGGGGUCAUGGUAUUUAACGCUAGCACUGUGUCACGAUUCCUGAGACGCCACAUUCCAUGCCAAUAGGCAUUCAAAGGGACAGACCCCAGGCCCUCCAAAGGAGGUGGCCCAGCUGGCCUCAAAAGGGCAGCAAAAAGGGUUUAAUAAACAUGAGAACUUC